CUGGACUAGCAGAGCCUCAUGGAGCAGGCCCUCAAAAGCGGGACGCAGCCGUUGCGAUGAGCCCACAUCCCCGGUUCCCUCAUGUAUCUUGGGUCUCUUGACUGGGGAGGUACCCAUUCUCCCGCUGUUGUUCCCUCCUUCUCCUCCUCUUCCCCCUCCCCCUCGCUGAACACGGAGCUUAUCGCGCGCUCUCGCGCUCUCUUCCCUACGGCGUUCCAGUCAUGAAGAGGGCGCUCGGCUGCGCAGCCUUGAGCUGUGCUGUUGGUCUGAUCGACGCCAAAGCGCUGAAGUGGAGCGACGACGACCCGAGAUGGGUUCCCGCCCAGGAGACGCAGCUUGGCUUCAUGGGCGCACUCGACAUUAACCCGCCCAUGCCUACAGCUGCCCCAGAGACUUCAAGGUUAAGGAAAGCUCUGGAGGCCCGCGGCGCGACUGACAAUACGUGCGGCUUCGUCAGCGGAGUCUUCACCGCCUCGUUAUGGUGCUCUACAACCGCCAGUUGUGUGUACAACUCGAUCAAUUCCCACAUCGGCUGCUGCGAUGAAGGAGAGAUAUCGGACUGCCUGAUUCCAACCGUGUGCUACGACUAUACGGACAGCAAACGCUACUCGACAAACAAUGGCCUUACCCGGUGGUGCGGAGACUCGAGCUACCCGCAUUGCACCACCUAUAUCUAUCAAGACCGGGUCUUCACUGGUUACACUUUGCUCGGUUGUGCCGUGGCUGCUGGCACAGGUAAAGUUUGGUACACACCGCUCGACACCUCCCGCACGUCGUCCUCAAGCACAUCGGAAUCCUCGACCACCUUUUUCGACACUUCGUCCACAUCAACCUCGUCCGACUCUUCAACGUCGACCUCUUCCUCGUCCAGCUCCACCACCACCCCGGUUCCUCCUGAUCCAGAUCCCGACACUCCCGUCGGUGCCAUUGUUGGCGGUGUCGUAGGCGGUCUGGGUGCGAUCGCCUUGAUUAUCCUCGUCGUCUGGGUGCUACUGCGCCAGCGCAACAAGCAGAAGAAUGCCGCCGCCGCAGCUGGCGUCAUCCACCCGCCACCCGCUCCCCCAGCCGCCGGUGGCCAGCCGCAUUACGACCCGCACAUGUCCCAGAUGCCCCCACAGGCAUACUAUGGAGCGGGCGGCGCGGCUGCAGGAGGCUUCGAUCCCCGCGCAAGCAUAGCCCAAUCGAACGGCGGCACCACCUCUGCCCCAUACGGCCCCUCGGCAUACGACCAGAAAACUGCGACGGGGAGCUCGCCGCCGGGUUCGCCGCCGGCCCCUUCGUCGUUUGGCAACUACGACGCCCAUCACAGCACGCCGUCGCCUCCGCCCCAGGGACAGCAGCAGCAGUAUGGACAGCAUGGGUAUGGCAACGUCUCGCCCAGCGCGGCUUCGCCGACAAUGCAAGCUGGAGGGGUUUUCCCGCAGCAACAGCAGCACCCGCAAGCGUAUGGGGCUGAUCAGCAGGGGCCUGCACCCGUUGAGCUGCCGGUGACGAGAGGGGAUGGGGAAUUGAGAGAGCUGCAGGGCUGAGCUGCGCGGGGAUUGUCCUGGUCAGUGGAGGCAUCGUCUUUGCGCUCUUUCUUGGGUAUUGGAUAUUGCACAGCGAGACCGUUCUCUCACGACUGGGUAAUGCUCAUGGGAUCUGGCAGGCAUACACUAAUCUCAUGUGACUAAUACUAGCUCGGCUUCUGAUCGAGAGGCUUGCAGUGCCUCAAGACAUGUUCCUUCGAGCUUGCACCUGUCAAGCUUUGAGCCAUCAUCGGUCCAGGCAAGGA